UCCGGCGGCGGCGCGAGUCCCGGCCCUGAGAGGCCGAACAGCUCCACCUCCCAAAUUGCCACCAGCUGAAGACCAAGCAUUCAGAAGACUUGAAUUUAUGGGGGACAUCUGAUUCAAACCACCAUAUUCUGUUCCUACCCCCUAUAAUCUGGUGACCAUCCGUGAUACAAAAAUGCAUUCAGUCUGGCUUUAAAAGUCCUCAUAGUCUUUAUCAAUCUCAACACUUUUCAGACAUCUCCGUAGUCCAAGUAUGGCCGACCGGAAUGGAGCCCUCAAGUGUACCUUCUCGGCAUCUGGCCACAGCAGCAACCUCCUGCAAGGCCUGGCUGCUCUCCGUGCACAGGGUCAACUCUUGGACGUGAUCCUCAUGGUCAAUAGAGAAGCCUUUCACGCACACAAGGUGGUCCUGGCUGCCUGCAGCGACUACUUCAGGGCCAUGUUCACUGGCGGCAUGCGUGAGGCCAGUCAGGACAUCAUUGAACUGCAGGGCGUGUCAGCACGAGGCCUGCGUCACAUCAUCGACUUUGCCUACAGCGCCGAGGUGACACUGGACCUGGAGUGUGUGCAGGAUGUGCUGGGCGCAGCAGUGUUCCUACAGAUGCUGCCUGUGGUGGAGCUGUGUGAGGACUUCCUGAAGGCGGCCAUGAGCGUUGAGACCUGUCUGCACAUUGGCCAGAUGGCCACCACCUUCAGCCUGGCCUCACUGCGUGACUCAGUGGACACCUUUACCUUUCGUCAUUUCCUGCAGAUCGCCGAGGAGGAGGACUUUCUGCGCCUACCACUGGAGCGCCUGGUCUUCUUCCUGCAGAGCAACCGGCUGCAAAGCUGUGCUGAGAUUGACCUGUUCCGCGCUGCUGUGCGCUGGCUGCGGCAUGACCCUGCACGACGGCCACGUGCCAGCCAUGUGCUCUGCCACAUCCGCUUCCCACUCAUGCAGCCAGCUGAGCUGGUGGACAGCGUACAGACUCUGGAUGUCAUGGUGGAGGAUGUGCUGUGCCGUCAGUACCUGCUGGAGGCCUUCAGCUACCACGUGCUGCCCUGCCGCCAGCAUGACAUGCAGUCACCCCGCACAGCUGUGCGCUCCGAUGUCCCCUCCCUGGUCACCUUUGGUGGCACACCCUACACUGACAGUGACCGCUCAGUCAGCAGCAAAGUGUACCAGCUGCCUGAGCCGGGUGCCCGUCACUUCCGUGAGCUUACAGAGAUGGAAGUAGGCUGCAGUCACACAGGUGUGGCUGUGCUUGAUAAUUUUGUGUAUGUGGCCGGUGGCCAGCACCUGCAGUACCGCAGUGGUGAGGGCGCCGUGGAUGCCUGCUACCGCUAUGACCCACAUCGCAACUGCUGGCUGCGCCUGCAGGCCAUGCAAGAGAGCCGCAUUCAGUUCCAGCUGACAGCACUGGGUGGCCUGGUUUAUGCCACAGGUGGCCGCAACCGGGCAGGGAGCCUGGCCUCAGUGGAGCGCUACUGCCCACAACGUGAUAGCUGGGACUAUGCCUGCUCUCUGAAGCGCCGUACUUGGGGCCACGCUGGCACUUCUGCAGGUGGCCGCCUCUAUAUCUCAGGGGGUUAUGGCAUCUCGGUGGAGGACAAGAAGGCUCUGCACUGCUAUGACCCCACAGCUGACCAGUGGGAGGUCAGGGCCCCCAUGAGUGAACCGCGUGUGCUGCAUGCCAUGGUGGGUGCUGGAGGCCGCAUCUAUGCCCUGGGUGGCCGCAUGGACCAUGCAGACCGCUGCUUUGAUGUGCUUGCUGUCGAAUACUACAUACCCGACACAGACCAAUGGACUAGUGUAGCUCCCAUGCGCACAGGCCAGUCAGAGGCCGGUUGCUGCCUGCUGGAGAGGAAGAUCUAUAUUGUGGGGGGCUACAACUGGCGUCUCAACAAUGUGACAGGCAUCGUACAAGUGUACAACACUGAGACAGAUGAGUGGGAACGGGACCUGCACUUCCCAGAGUCCUUUGCAGGCAUCGCCUGUGCCCCAGUCCUGCUGCCCCGUGCAGGCGCCAGGAGGUAGCUGCUGGGACCCACAGAACAGUGCACCAGUUUGGCUUGGCAAAUGUGUGACCUGGGCUGGCCUUGAGGGACCUACUGCAAAACAGCCCCUACCCUGGGGUCCUCAUUUGUUUUCCCCAGUCCAGCUGAGGGAUCCAGUCCAUGAGGACAUAGUGUUGAGGCAGCAACUUGUACCACAGGUGUUUGUGCUAUGCCAGCAGGGGGAGGAACAUCUUCAAGCUCCUUGGGGAGCUCUGUCUCACUUCUCUCCACUCCAGCCUGGCCAGUAUCUGAGGCAUUCAGAUGGCAGCUCCUUCACUGAAGUCCCACAUCUCUGUGCCACACACUCCCUUUCCAGUCUCUCAUGUGUUUUGAAAUUACCUUGCCCAAUCCUCAUGUAACAGUGACAAGAAUCAAGAGAGUCACCUGGGAAGUGUCCUACAGAAGGUGGACCUGGAGUAUACUCGUACGCCUCUCUGGAACCUGACUCUGGCCAUCAGGAUGCCAGGAGGCUCCAGUGGGGUCCGGCACUAAGAGCACUUGUCCAUCUGCUUUUAGAAGAAAACAGCCAAGCCCAGUGUGGUAGACAUACUUGUCCUUCCAACACUUAGGAGACUGAGGCGGGAGUAUUGUUGCAAGUCCCAAGCCAGCCAGUCUCAAAAAAUUGAACAACACAGAAAAACACAGCCAACUCCUAUACAUGGUCCUCAAGGGCCUAGUCCUUAUUCUGACACUGAUCAUCGGGUGAGAUCUGAGGAGGAUGGGCCCGUCUGUUAUAGCUCAGGCAGCCAGGCUGUGUCCGUCCUCCACUUGGAGGGGACAUGUCUUCUGAAGCGUAGUACUCCUGGUCCAUGGGUCUUCAGCUGGAUUGUAUUUCUGCCUUCCACCUCCAUCUUCCUAGCACUGCUGGACUUUAUGUCAACAUCCUACCAGGCCCAGAGCCACCUGUGGGCAGCAGUUGGGUUUUGAGGCUUCCAGGGCUUUGCAGUGCUUCAGCCACAUUGGUUUUGAUGUCUAAACCUCAAAACCUUAUCAUUGUCUUGCUUUUUUUUUUUUUUUUAAAGGAAGCCAGCCCUGCUGUCUUCCAAAUGAGAUUUGAUCUCUUGGGGCAACUGAAAGUGUCUCUCUUGCUGUUAACUGGCGAUGGAUGUUGUGUGUCUGUGACCCACUCACAGUGUAAGGAAUUAACCUUAUUCCUUCACUGCCACCCUCUCCUAGUAUCUCCCCUUAUUUAAUAAAAAUGCCAUGUUGAAACCGGG